AUGAAGAGAGCUUUGGCACAGAGGGCGAAAGAAAGCGGAAUGACGAAUGGCGUUGGUCCUUCGUCACCGAAGCAGCCGCUGUCAAUAAAUACUCAGGAUCGCUCUUCUGAGGGACAAUUGUCUGUCUCGGAUCUCCCCGAAAAGUCUCUAUCGUCCACACCCACGUCUCGUCUUGAGGCACUGAAACAAUCCUCAAACAGUGUUUCUUCACCAAGACCGAGCUCAUCAUCACCAAGACCAAAGAAGAGAGCAAGAGAAUCCAUUGUCAAGUUGGAAGAGGAGGGAGAAGACGACUCCAAUGCUUCCUCGUUUUACCUACGACACCAAAACCGUGCCUUGGCAAGUGAACUGCGAAUGCUUCAAUAUGAACUCAGUCGACUGGAACGAGAAAGGGACUAUCGGAGAUCGCAAUGUACACAGGCUGUCCAAAUUUUGAACUCGUUACAAGCUACAUGGACACAAAUGGAGUCUGCUCUGCAAUGCGGGCAUCCAUCACAGAAAGCGAAUUCUUCGAUAGCCGCUGAAAAUGAUGCCCCACCAAGCACAGGAUCAGGGAGCUCUGUAGAAUUAAUAGGAGCGCUGCUGAAUUCUCUGGCAGUGUUGGGAACGACUCCUGGCAAAAAGGGACGAAUACGGGGACACGGGGACGAAGAUUUGAGCGAGGUGAAACCUCACGAUUUCAUGGACGAAGAUGGUACGAAGCAACUGGACGAUUUGCUUCGGAUAACCGACAAUGUAUCGGAACGUGCACAGAUUCUGCAAAAAUGGAUUUGGGCAGUCCUGGACGAAGUCAAUUCCUCAACAAACGAACGACACAUAGACCUCAACAAGCCAGGAAUUGAGCAUGAUCAGAAAGUUGCAAAUCUUAACGCAAUGAAUAGCACACUAAAGGAGCAGAUAGCGGAGUUGUCAACUUCAAGAGACGAAAUGUCAAAAUCCGACAAGCGUGUACGGCGGGGGUUGUAUCGACUCGCUGCUGGACGCGUCAAACUACAGGAAGUCUUGAAAGAAAUUGUCGUUACUGAUGAAGACAAAGAAGCUGCGGCAAAAUGGAUGGAAGAAACACCUAUUGUUCCAGCGGUACAAGAAACUACUGCAACUAGCACGGCUUCCAACAAUGCAGCGGACGGGGAAAACAAAACGGCUGAUACUGCUGCAAUGGCCGCUCUUUCAAAGAAAGUCGAUGAAUUGCAAGAAAUCGCCAAAUCAAGAGACGCCGAAAUCAAAAAGCUCCUCGAACAAAAGGAAGAGCAAAUAAGGAAGAUCAACAGCCUCAUAUUAAACACUAAGGUCGAUGAUGCCAAAUCACUUUCUGAACAACAGAUAAAGCAGUCAGAUUUUUACGCCGAAUUGACGGCAAAGCUAAUGACAAGUGAAAGAAAAGCCCAAUCAACAAAUGACAAACUCGGGAAGCUGACGAAGGAAUGGAGUCAAGCGAUGGCCGACACACAAGCAACGCAAAAAGCUAUGGAAGAUAUGCAGUUGAAACAUUUAAAGAAAUGGAAGGAUUUCUCUGACGACACGGAGAUGGAUGAAGACGGAAAUGGCGAUAAUACUGGCGGACCAAUUGGUGCUGAAGAAACGAUCACGCUGCAGCACAAAUUGAAACAAGCCAUUGAGAAUGUUCGCCAAGCAGAAAUAACAAGGCAAUCCUUGGAUGAGGCUGUCACCAUGAAUCAAACAUUGCAAUCAAAGUUAGAUGAAGUCAAGACAAAGUACUCGGCCCUUCAAAUAAGCCGUUCAAGUGGAAAUGGAUCCAAUAGCCAGUCGGCAUCAGCAUCAGCAUCCACCGCUGGUCCAUCAACUCCAAAACAAAGGCAUUCAUCACUGGGAUCGAGUUCUACUCCAUCUGGCGAAAAAAGUGAGGGUAGCGAAAAGCACGAAAGAGAUGCAGCGAAGCUGCACAAGGACUACCGAAAAGUUCGCAAAGAGCUUGCUGCUGCGAUUGCUUCAAAAGAAGCUGCAAAAGCGAAGCUCGCAACCAGCGAGCGGGAAAGGCACAGCUUGAGUUUAGCGAAUUCGCGGCUUCUGAAACAGGCAGCAGAGCGUGACGACGUGAAUGCGAAAUCGUUGUCGACAAUCUUGCAUUUGAAGCAGCUUACGGAUCAAAUGUCCAAGGAGAAAGAAAACCUCGAGAAUCAAAUCAAAAGUUCUCAGCAAGUGGCCCUUGCAGCACGGUUGGCAGCAAAUGCUCGGGAACGAGUCACUGAAGAAUUUGAGAAAGCGCGAAAGGAACUGGGCCUCCAAGUUAAGGAGUGGGAGGAGAAGUUCGAUAGCGUGUCGAAAGACAAAGAAAUUUUGGAAGGAAAACUGGCCCAGCAAAAGGCUGUGAUGGCAACCGCACUCAAGGAUGCUGAGAAAUCAAAGAAGAGAUGCGACGAACUUGUGUCGGAGUCUACCAAUCUUGAGGAUGAAAAACGGCAACUGAAGGAGUCUCUUGCUGUUGCAAAACAUGAAGCGGCAAAGGCUUCAAGUGCUGCAAAUCAUUCGAGCAGUCUUGUGGAUAAUUCCCAUGGUGGCAUGGGAAGUUCGUCCUCGGGAUUCACGGUAGAUCAGCUCUCUACCCAAGUUUCUGUUCUGAAGAAUCGACUCGUAUGCCCUGUUUGCAAUGUUCGCGACAAAACCUGCAUUCUACUACGGUUGUCCUCCAUGGUCCAUUUUAAUCCUUAUUUUUUCACAAUUCUCUUGGUCGAUCCUCCUUCUAGCCUUUCAUUUUUCUUGUUAUACGAUUUGGGAAUCCCUUUGAUGGAUGUGAGCUUCCAGCUGUCGGCUUUCACGAAACAUCCAACGAAAUCAGUGUCACAAAACACAUUCAACCUGACAGAGAAAACGAUGAGAGUCUCGGUUUUAGCCUUGUCCCUUUCUCUUUUGGCGGGAAACUCAGAUGCCUUCAGCCCUCUACAUUUAUCAAAGGUAUCCAGUGCAUUGAGAAGUGGAAACAACCUACACGAGUUCGACUAUUUGCUGAAUGAAGAUGCGUCAAUCUUCACUCAACAGCAAUCUCGUUCGAGACGCCGAGUUCAAUUGAACGAUGAUAGAGCAACCGUUUUCACAAGCAGUAUUGCUCCUUCAGCGGAUGUUGCGGAAGAGCUGAUGGCAGAAUCUAUGGAAGGCGACGUAGACCCAUAUGCUGAAAUGGGAUUGGAACAAAUCAAUGCACAGGCAGUGAAGAUCCAACAAGAAGACCAAUCAAUGUCACAGAAAAUGGAAAACAGACUAAAGGAAAUGGAUUUUCAAGAUGUUUGCACAACAUUAAUUCUUCCGUCCAUCCUUGCAUUCGCUGGGUUGAGAUGGGGGUUUAACAAAGCUGCGGGCCGUGUUGAAGAGAAGAAGGACGCCACUCUUGAUAGCUUUGCCAGCGAAAUGAUCUAUCACGAUGGAGACUUCGAGGAAAUGAAGCUAUGUUAUUCGGAUUACAGCAAGAAACUUAUGUUUCUGGGUCCCGCCAAAUCGAAUGCUAUGUUAAAGAGAUACUUGGAAACCUAUGCCAAGAAGAGAACAGUGAGCCCUCAAGCCAUCAGUUCUUUGUCCUAUGUUUUCACUUUGUUCAAGCUGUCGGAGGAGAAAGCAGGUCAACUAUUGGUCUCACUUUGCAGGGAUAUGGGAGACACAAAACUCAGCAGUGCGGGGAAGCUUCUGUUUUUCGGUAGUAGAAUAUUGAAGAGCCCCGAGGGAAAAGCUGCGUUGCAACCAGUUAAGGACAUGAUCAAGGCAUCAUACAGAGAGGAAGCAGUGGCCGAAACAAUGGUCGAGACGUCUCAACAAGCGAUGGCUGAAGCAGCUUAUAGAUCCGCCGUCCUUGCUGCCGGAAAAGAUCAAGAAACCUUGACGAUUGGGUGGGAAGUUCUUGGCUUGACAAAGGAAGUUGCAACUCGCAUCUUUGAAGACGAAGCAAAGGAGGGUUUCCUUUCUGAACGCGAAAAGAUGUAUGGAGGCCAAUCACAAAGAUACGACUCCAAAGGUAAUAAACUAGAUAAGGAGGGCAAGUUGACGGAUGCAGAAGCUCAAAAGGCAGCCGAAGAGGAAGCAAAGCAAGAAAGUGAACCUGCUAGCAACGUAUACGAAUGCUCCGAGUGUGGCUUCACCCUAUUCAUUGCAAAGGGUCGCGAAUUCAAAUUUUACGGUGAAGACUUCAAGUGCCCAGAAUGUGGAGCAGGCAAAGACAAAUUCAAAGCAAAGGAUUUGGAGGGAUAG